AUGCGUUGCCAUCAAGUGAUUUGGUUUAUUUUCUUCGUAUCAGCAUCGCUCGGUAAUCCAGUACCUUCGUAUACAUUGAAAGACGCUCAGGAUAUCCCAGGCAUCUUUAACAAGCUAUUUAAUACAUCCAUAAGUCGCACUCCCUUCAGCAAGAACAUAUAUCAAGGGCUAUAUCAGCUCGAAUCCAAGAUAUCAGACAUUGCUACAGGCAAAAUCAAUCCAGUCUCAACGAUUGAAGAAGGCCUCUCAGUUCUUGCCUCAAUUCCACACACCAAAAACCGAACAAUCCUCCAACACGCCAUCGACAUAGUCUCCCUAGGUCUAGUCCCAACCAACAUAGUCGACAUCCUCAACGGCAUAACAAACCACGAAAUAAACUCCAUAGCCAACAACAACUCAAAAGACCCAAGUCCACGAAUCCACCCAACAAGAUCAUUCUGGGAUGCACCCUACGACAUCCCCGAAGAAACCCUCCGCAGCGCAAUCCACAUCCCCGCAAGCUUCUCCUACGCCGGAAGCACCUACUACUUCAACUACGCGAAGCUCUUCACGGCAAACCCACACACAGACCCAGUAUGGGUCAAUAUCCCGGGCAAUUCGCUAGGCGACAUCCAAAGCAACGCAGAAUACGUCGCAUACGCAAUCAACUAUAUUUCUGGACUCUCGCAGCGUCCUAUCGGAGUGUUAAGCUGGUCACAAGGUAGCUUAGACGUGCAAUGGGCGCUGAAAUACUGGCCGUCGACACGAGCCGCGGUAAGCGAUUUCAUGGCUGUGAGCGGUGAUUUCCACGGGACGCUUGUUGCCAUGCUGUGUGCGCUUGCCAAGCCGUUUUGUCCGCCCGCUGUGCAGCAGCAGGGGUAUGAUACGAGGUUUAUUAGGGCUCUCCGUGGUGAAGAUGGGGAUUCAGCGUUCGUGCCGGCGACGAGCGUGUACUCUGGGGAUGAUGUUAUUGUUCAGCCGCAGAGUGGGGGAUGGGCUUCUGCGGCGCUGGGGGAUGUUCGUGGGGUUGGGGUUUCGAAUGUGCAGGUGCAGGUUGCUUGUGCGGGACGUGCUGCCGGGGGGUCUUAUUCGCAUUCGGCUAUGUUGGUUAACCCAUUGGCGUAUGCUUUGUUUGUUGAUGCUUUGGUUCAUGAUGGGCCUGGGCGAUUGGAGAGGAUUGAUCUUGGUGCUGUUUGUGGGGAGUCGAUUGCACCUGGUUUAGAUGUGAAUGAUUUUUUGGGGGUGGAAGCUGUAUCGAAUGUGAUAGGGGUGCUUGAUGUCUUGUUGUAUGGAUAUAGUAAUGGGAGCGAGGAACCACAGCUUAGGGACUAUGUUCAUCACGAGGAGAGUGUUGGGUUAUGA